CAAGCCAAUCGUAAUGCGUCGUUUUGGAUUGGAGAAUUAGUAGACAUCAAUCUUCCAGGUUGCGAUGAGCGAGGCGAAGGCUCCGGCUCCAGCGACGUCCAUGUCGGACGCUGCCUAUGCCUUUGAUGAGGAGGUUCUCAAGGACGUUCGCAAUAAUAAGGUAUGGAUGCAAGACCCUAAAUAUUUCAAGAAGGUGAUUGUGUCGCCUGCCGCCACCAUGAAGAUGCUCAACCACGCCAACUCUGGAGUGGAGAAAGGGAUCAAGGCCGGCGGGAAGCCUGUGGAGAUCAUGGGACUUAUUAUGGGGCGACCGUCCACUGGAACUGACAGAGAUGCGGGAGAUGCCCACACACUCGUGGUCACCGACUGCUUCCCGCUGCCUAUCGAGGGCGCCGAGACUCGCGUACUGGCAGAUGACGCGGAGGUUAUCAACUACAUGAUCUCGCUGGGCGAGGCCGUGGAGCAGACGCGCAAGGAAAAGUUUAUGGGCUGGUACCACAGCCACCCGUUCGACGUGGAGGUGCACAGCCACUGCUUCCUCUCGGCCACGGACGUCAGCACGCAGCUGCAGUGGCAGCGCUCGGAAGAUCCGCACGGUAACCCGUGGUUGGCUAUUGUGCUGGAUCCACUGCGCUCACUGUCCAAGAAACGCCCGGAGAUGGGUGCUUUCCGCGUGUACCCGCCGGAGUUUGCUGCCCCUGUGAACGAGACACCCGACGGAACGAUUGUCACGGACGAGAGUGCGAGACUCGAGCGCUGGGGUAACUGCUGGAACCGCUACUACACGCUAGAGAUCGACUACUUUAUGAGCUCUCUCGGCUCCCAGGUUGUCAGUGUUCUCUCAGAAGAGUUCCUGUGGAUGCGUACGCUGAGCUCCAACACGAUGCAAGAGCGUGAGAACCGUGAUCGCUUCUCGGAGCGAAUUCAGUUGCUGGCGAACAAACUGGAUGGUUGUGAGGCUCAUUUAAUGCCCCGUGUCAGUCGCACCGCGUCGCGUAUUGGAGAAUACUAUGUGCCCGAAAAGCAGCAGUCGCACAAGGAAGCCGAGGAGUCGGCGCUCGACAAGAUCACUCAGGCAGCGAACGAACUCGCCAUCGAGAACUCGCUCGGCCAGGAAUUGCAGGUCACCAAGAAGGCCCUCUUCAAUGACAAGUGACGUGGUUUUUCGCUACCAUUUUUUUCGUAUGAAAGUAUCGCAAGGUAAUAAACGUGGACUGCGUGGGUUAUCUUCAGAACUCGGCGAUAAAUUAUUGCCACUCAAGCUAGUCUAAAACAACUUUGUCUUGGUUCUUCCUUCUCCCAUUGCAAAUAACUCCUCCGCAAUUCGUUCUUGCUCU